AGACAGGCGCCUGUUGUGUGUUUUAUACCUCCUGGUGUUCCGUAGUGGCGGUUAGCGGCUGCAGGAGGAUCGAAAACUAAACAUAUUCAUCAGUUUUUGCGGAUCCUCUUUACUUACAGGCUGCUGCCAUGGAGGAGGUGACGCGCCUGGUGUCAACCGGAGACUGUGUGAAGAUCUGGGAUGCGGUUUCCAUGGCGACCCUGGAGCAGUUUAACCCCCACAGCGGCAGCCAUCCCGUAGCUCAGGCCUGCUGGAGCUCCAACAACCAGUACCUGGUGAGCGCCAGCAGCAGCGGAGACAAGCUGGUGGUUUCCAGCCUCAAGUCGGCUCCUGUUCCAGUGGUUGAACUGGCUGAUGGGAAAAAACAGACCCGGGUGUGUCUGAGUUCCUCAUCUCAGUUUCUGAUCAGUGGCGGUCUGGACCACUGCGUCCACAUGUGGGACCUGAAGAGCAAGAGGCUGCACCGCUCCCUCAAAGACCACAAAGAAGAGGUCACCUGCGUGUCCUUCAACGCUAACGACAGCUGCAUCGUCUCUGGCUCCACCAGCGGCGACCUGGUCCUGCACAGCCUGACCACCAACCUGUCCAGCAGAGCCUUCGGCCACGGCAGCAACCAGCCCAUCCACGACCUGCGGCUGUCCACGGUGAAGCGCUCGCUGCUGGGAAGCGUGUCUGACAGCGGCACCAUGGUGCUGUGGGACGCCAACACUCAGAGGGAGCUGCAGGUGUUCGACGGCGCCCACAAGGCGCCCGGCUCGGGUUUGGCUUUCUCCCCGACCAGCGACCUGCUCGUCGUCAGCGUCGGCCUCGAUAAGAAGAUCGUCUGCUACGACACGGCCAGCAAGCUAAUCCUGCGGGCGAUCCGUGUGGACGGCCCUCUGACCUCGGUGGACUUCGCGCUGGAUGGCACCGGCCUGGUGGUCGGGUCCACUCAGGGGAAAAUCUACCAGUACGACCUGAGGAACUCCAGCAGCCCCACCAGAAUCACAGUGGCCCACAAAACCUCCGUCACCUGCCUGCGCUUCCAGAGUAACGCCAGCAGACACAAGUCCAGUAAACUUGGGUCUGCCAAGAUUUCCAGUUCAAAGAGAUCCAGUUCCAAACUGGGCAGCCAGCCUGACCCCGCCCCCAGCACAGGCCCCGCCCCCCAGAGACAGGUCACCUGCACAGCAGGGGGCGCCAGUGCGGAGGUGAUGUGUCGUGAGGGUGAAGGCCAGCAGGGGGCAGAGCAACGUCCUCAAGGGGAGAAGUUCGGGAUCGUGGGACGGAACAGUCUGGACAUCUUCUCUCCUACUCGUGAAGGUCCAGACCCGGGGACUCAGGGGGUUGGAGGAGACGCUGCCUUUGGAAGAUCACAGGUUACCGGUUUGGAGGGCGAAGGUCAGGAGCUGGUGGGACGGGCCAGCCUGGACAUCUUCUCUCCGGUCAGAGAAGACUCUCAGUCGGGUGGCGGCUCACAGCGCCGGACGCCUCUGGGGACCCACCGGAGUGCCGCCGGGGGCCGGUCCUACAGCCCGCUGUCCGUCUUCCAGUCCCCGCAGACGAUCAAAGAGGAGGAGCCGACCAACGCCGCCGCCGCCGCCAUUGAGCCGUCUGACAGGAAGCCUGAGAGGAGCAGCGGCUCCAGCCAGGAAGAGAGGCCUCAGACUCCGCCCACCACAACCCAGCAGGCCAAUCAGAGUCAGGCGGUGCCGCCUAUUUUCACUCCAGAACCGAACCUUCGUAGAACCAACGGCAUUCAGACUCAGCUCAGUUACAACUCACCUGCCGCCGCAGCAGCUUCAGGUUCAGCUGCAAUGGCAGCGGCGUGCUCGUCUCUGUCCCAGAACAUCGCAGACGUGGUCGGACAGGACGGCGCCGCUCCGCUCACGUCCCUGCAGAUCCACUUCAUCCAGAACAUGAUCCACGAAACGCUGGAGGAGUUCAGGACUGCCUGUCACAAGGACAUCCUCAACCUGCAGGUGGAAAUGAUCCGGCAGUUUUACAUCCAGCUGACGGAGAUCCACGGUCUGAUCGAGAAAUAUUCUGUCAACGAGUCUCUGGUGGAGGAGAUCGAGAAGCUGCGGGAGGAAAACCGCCGGCUCAGAGCGAACUACUGAGCCGCUGCCAUCGAGUCUUUAGCCCCGAGUCUCGUCUGACAGGCUGCAGUGCCUUUAUCCCAAACUGGUUGUUCUGUUUGUCUGCAUCAAAUUCAGCAAAUGACCGACAGAAACAAGCAUUUUGACUCAACGUGUUAUGUUGUUGUAAUUUAAUAUUUUGUCUGUUGAUGCAUGAAAUUGUGAGCGGUUCGUCUGUGUUUGUGUUUUUAUCAAGGAACAUCUUGGGUGAAAAAUAGAGAAUUGUAAAAGAGAAGCUGUUUUUCACUACAAAUUAAAUUUGUUAGGAAGUUUCUUAAUAUGAACCUCAAAUAAAUUGACUCUUAUUUAAAAACAA